AUGAGUCAUCAUCAGCCGCUGGUGAAAUACGAACCGUUCGGGGCGGAGGUACCCUUAUCGGAACCGUCUUGGUGUGCGUGCUUUACUUUUCUUUCUCGUUGUUAUUCUUUUUCGUCUCGUUAUUGUAUCGGUAGUAUUCUCUGUUACUUCUUUCUGCGCGAUGUGUGUUUAUGCUCUCGAUUGGAGAUUUUUACCGAAUUGAUUCCGUUACGCAAACACAUCAUUACGCGUUUACAUUACGCAUCGCUCUGUUUGAUUCGUACGAUUCGCGCUGACACCACGUCCUCCUCUCUUCUUUGCCAUCAUAAACAACCUGAAAACAAUCACCCAAACAAAACAGACCAAAAUUUGCACUCGCCGUUCUACAACCAAUCGCACGUUGAAUGGCGCGCGAAAAUACGCUCGUUUUUCGAGAACGAGGUGGAACCAAUCGUGGAUGAUUGGGACAAACAAGCGGCAUUGAACAACCACGCGAAAUGUAAGGAGUACAUUCAGUUGAUGUACCGGAAAUCCGCCGAGUAUGGGAUUUUAGCAGGGGUGGUUGGCGCGCCGUGGCCGUCGAAAUAUACGGACGCGCCAGCGCCGGCGAAUUACGAUUACUUUCACGAGUUGAUUAACGUGGACGAAGGGACGAGGUGUGGGGGUGGCAUCGCGUGGGCGCUCAUGGGUGGGUUAGGGAUUGGUUUACCGCCUUUGAUUAACUUUGGGAUGCCGAUGGACCAAGGUAAGUGCGAUCGAGUCAUUCGAGAGUGUUUAAACGGGACGAAGAUUAUUUGUUUGUGCAUCACCGAGCCGGGGGCUGGGUCGGACGUCUCGAAUUUGGCCUGCACCGCGAAAGACUCGGGCGACGGGCACUUUAUCGUCGACGGGAAUAAGAAGUGGAUCACGAAUGGGAUCUACGCGGAUUAUUUUACCGUAGCGGUGAGAACCGGGGAUAAGAACUCGGCGCAUAAAGGUUUGUCGAUGAUUUUGGUGGAGAGAACUAUGCCCGGCGUAACGACGACGAAGAUGGAUUGCACGGGCGUUUGGCCUUCGGGGACGACGUAUAUUGAAUUCGAUAACGUGAAAGUGCCGAAAACAAACAUCAUCGGUCAAGUCGGUGGUGGAUUUAAACAAAUCAUGUAUAACUUCAACCACGAGAGGUGGUUGUUAGCCGCCCAAGCGUGUCGAAUGGCGAGGAUUUGCGUGGAAGAUUCGCUAUCGUUUGCUCGAUCGCGACGAACGUUUGGUAAGUUUUUAAUCGAACACCAAGUCAUUCAACACAAAAUUGGCGAGAUGGCCACGAAAGUUGAAUCAUUACACGCGUGGUUAGAGAACAUUACGUUCCAAAUGAACACGAUGAAAAAAUCGGAACAAAACGUAAAAUUAGGCGGGCACAUCGCCAUGCUCAAACUCGCCUCGUCGCGAACGGCGGAGUUUUGCGCCUCGAGCGCGAUGCAAGUCUUCGGCGGCGCUGGAUAUACGAGAGGUGGUAAAGGCGUCCGAGUCGAACGCAUAUACAGAGAAGUGAAAGCGUACGCGAUUCCUGGUGGAAGCGAGGAAAUCAUGUUGAACUUGGCGUCUGGACAAUUUAACUUUGUCACGCGAAGAGCGCCGGACGUUAAAGAUCAAUACAUCAAAAAAUUGACCAUGGAAUUGAAACAGUUGAAGUCGAGGUUAUGA